AUGCUCAAACGAAAGCCCCAAGAACUGCAGGUCCCAGUACCAAAUUUCCCUUUAUCAUCGCCUAUCAGUGAAGAGAUCUCAAGUCCCUCAUGCUCCUCGGAAGACCAGGAAGAACGAGACCGACCCUUUACAUUUCUAUCCAAGGCAGCACGACAACAGCUUGAGGCAAGGACCAAGGAUGGGAACCGCUCGCCCAUUUCCACCCGCGAAUCCCCGAGACUGAAUAUCCGCAUCACCAAGAAACGUAAAAGCGUCGGGAAACCAGUCGGUCUGAACCUCGUUACGGAUUUCACCUUGGCGCCGGCGCCGAGGAAACAGUCGAUUCCAGCAGAACCAAACGCGGCUGCGCCGUUCGUCGAUCUGAAUGACCUGAAGCUCCUUUCAAAAGUGCGAGAGAAGGAACGCACUGCUCAGAAACCAAAGGAUACAUUCAAGAGGAGGGUUUCACGGGGCUUCCAGCGGUUACCCGAGACAAACAGCCAAAAGGGAACUGGAGCCUCGUUCCUAACUGCGAGAGAUGAAAAUCCGUUCCACGAUAGACAUGAGCAUGCGCUCUCGCCCUCAGACCGGCAUGUUAUGAUCGGACUCACUGUGCCUCGCAGCGAGUCAAUAGAAAGAUCACAAGAGCUCGACAGCGCAGGCACCCCGCUGACACCAUCGAUUGUCGUUACACCAGCACGGGGCGAUGCACCAUGGAACGCACACUCAAACUCGAGCACAGAGAUGCUCCGUCCAAGAGCAACAUCAAGUGUCUACUCGCAGCCAACACCCCGUCUCUGGCAAUAUGAAACCGAUGUCCCACCCGUGCCAGCCAUUCCCGCACAACACUCAGCUGCUACUAAAACUCCCGCCUCAGGGACCGAAUAUCAGAACACAGGUGUAGAAAGGAACGCGCGCGCCCUCUCAACAGCCUCGAUCUGGGAAGACGACAGUCCACCCCGGUCACCAGAAACACUCCGCCCAGCCCCCAAAAGCCAGCAACAGUGUCAUCUCAGUGUCAACACCCAGGCAGAUGCAGGCAGACCCGAUUCACAAGGCUGGUGGACAUACCUCCUCUCCCCACUUCUCAACCGAUCCAUAAAAUCCCCCCUCAGCCCAUCCUUCCCACAAGAAUCACCCUCAACCCCAUCAACAACAACAACCACAACCCGCCCAACUGAGCGAAAAGAAUGGAUACCGCGCGAGAAAGAAAUAUCCUGCUUCUCACCCGAUACACCAGAGACUGCAGCACCAAUGGGCGAAAAAGCAUUCGAGAUAUCCCGUUCAUUCGAGACAGACCAAUCCCAAGGUCCUGAACGCCACCAAUCCCCACCACCAGCAUACGUAUCAAACGUCUCAAGUAGACAAAACACCAUGUCCUUCAUGUUCAGUAAUAACCAGACAAUCCAGGGUGAAGCAGCCGAGUACUACCAAGCCUGUGCACACGAGCUAUUCAGCAAGACGCCAUAUUUCGCAUGCAUUAAUCAUGUUUGCUCGAUUACUCCCGUCAAUCCUGUUACUGUGCCAGCGGGAGCGAUAGACCCUUCUGCGGAGGGUGGUCGGGGACUUGCGCUUUUUGACGUUGGGGAGCCUGGGGUAUCUGGUCUUGAAGGCACGCGUGAAAAUGAAAUUCAGGAUCCAGAUCCGUCAACGACGUCGACUAAGAAUGCCGGACUACUUAUUGAUAUCGAUUCGCCUCGUCCUGAGACGACGAAGUCGUCGAUUCAGGCUGGAUAUGCAGUUCGUGCGAAGGAGGUGCAGCUGUUGUCACCCUCCUCGGAGUUCAGUUCUCAUACGUGGGAUUCGUCUGUUGUUGACGAGGAUGAGAAGGAGAAGGGUUCGGUAGCCGCGCAUGGGACCAGGGGCGGUGUUUCUGAAGCUCAAUCCCAGAGUGCUGCUUCACCUCCUAUCCCUCUUCCUGUUGCUGCGCCUGUGGAGCCAGUUGAUAGACAGGUUUUGGAACCGCCUGCACCUGCGCCAGCGCCAGCACCAGCACCAAUUCCUAUGCCCGAGCCAACUCCCGCUCCUGCGCCAGCUCCUAUUCUAAUGCCUGAGCCAGCUCCCGCCCCGGCUCCAGCUCCGCAGAUAAUCACCAAUAUCUCGCCCCCGGUUACUAAUUUCCAUUACACUACGCCUCCACCGCAGCCUCAGGUACAACCUCUGCAGCCGACGGUGCAAUAUGUGCCAGUCUUCGCUCCUCAUGCUCCUCAGGUUGCACAGCCAAUGGAGCCGAUAAUGCAACAGCCACAAUCAGAGGAAACGUCACGAGAAAUCUCGGAACCGCCGAUAGUCCAGCCAGUAUCAGCCCCUCAAGUAGCAACACCAAGGACGGAAUGGCCAUGGGGACAGCCACAAGGGCAGCCAAAGGUUCAACAGCCAGCUACCCAAAGACACUUCUCCGGGUUUGAGUGGGCUUAUACGGAACAAGAACAACCACAAGGACAACAACAGGGGAAGCCACAAGAACUUCCUGUUACACAAAAAUCACCUGAACAACCCCAAGUCGCAUAUGGACAGGCUCCUCCCCAGACACGACAGGAAACUUAUGGUCAUGCAACACAGCCUCGAGGGCCGCUUGUUGUCCAGGGACGACAAUCUGGUUCUGGGUGGCCGUUUGGUCUAACCGCACACCCUCACUCAAAUGCGCCCCCUGUGCCGCCUCUGCCACAAAACCAGCCUACCGGAGCGGAGGUUCAGCAUCAGGAAGAGCAAUCUCAAGUUUCUGUGGCUCAGCAUCGGCAGCCUGGGUCUGGGGAGCCUCAAACAGAACGGGGACCGCCUGGAGGGUCCGAAGUUGGGCCACCUCAGGGACAUUUACAACCCUCUGAGCCUAUCUCUCCCGGUUUCCAGCGCGCUGCUGGUGGACCUGGCUCUAUCCCAAUGUCAGAUAUGCAGGCACCGGCUCCUGCAUACACGCAAUAUCCCAGAGAAGCUCCUCUUCCAUCUCGCUAUGAUACACAGCCCCGUUACGAUAAUGACCCUGCAGCUGGAGUUUCAAGCGUCAACCCAAGCGGCGCGAUAGGCCCUCAUGAGGCCCGACGCCGCAGACUCGAAAAGGAAGACGCCACUGGCCGAAGAGUCUGCAACCUCUGGCGUGGUCGGGGUCCAUUCAGCAAGAAGAGCGGACGACCAGGGCGCGAGGGUCGUACUCGACGCAGAUGGUAUUUCGUGAUCUGCAUUUUCUUCUUAAUCAUCGUGACGCUGGCUACCGUUCUAGCAAUCACAUUGACAAAGAAAGGACACGAUACUCCUGUUCAAUCGCUGUGGCUGAACCUAACAGGUUAUCCGCCCAUGCCGACUGGGAUUGCAACAGUUGUUGGGACGCAGCCGCAGCUUGAAAAAUCAACUUGUAUCACCCCCUCUUCAAUGUGGAGUUGUGCUUUGCCCAAGGAUGAGCAGGAUUCCAAUGAACCGUACAAUGCGAACCAGCCCAGUUUCCGUGUUUCCAUUAGUUUCCGAAAUGGUACAUACGAUAACAGCACUACUGCCAGUUCGAAAUUACGUAUCAGGAGUGACGAACUUUUCAACCCAUCGCCCGCAGCACCAACAGAUGCAGAACAGAGCUUCCUCGGUCAAUACACAGAUAACAACACUAUACCCUAUGCCGGUGAAGAAACACCGUUCUAUAUGUCUCUCCUCUCACCCGUUUCACUCUCCUCGGCAAGCAUCUACCGCCGGUCAGAUACCUCCAACAGCACCGCAUACCCCAACAUCUCAUCCAUAAUUCCAGCACCAGAGGAAAACGCAGACGGAACCCCAUCGGCAGCAAUGCUCUACCCCCUCCCCUCAUCCCAACCAAUCCGCCUCUACAACCGCGGUCUCUCAACCGAACACUACGGUUUCUACAGCUACUUCGACAAAUCCAUCUUCCUAACUUCCCAAACCAAAUCCUCCCCUGCCGACACAAAUGGCGGAACCUCAAAAUCCAACGCAAAGUACCGAUGCACAUGGUCCCAAACCCGUCUCCUAAUCCAAAUCUGGACGCAACCGGACAAAAUCAACCGUCACCUCUUCCCAAAAUCAAACAGCACAGCAACAAGUACCACAACCUCCUCGGCUACAACACCGACAUCAACAAAUGAACCUACAUCCUCAUCCUCCGCAACAGACUUCAUCCGUCCAGGCUCAUUCCCAUACCCGGUAACAAUAACACUUGACCGCCACGGCGGCGCCGAGAAAAAGAAAAUGGUCUACUGCUACCCGCUCGAAGAUGACGGGCAUUACAAUAUCACAGGUGUGCAGCUGCAGCUUGAGGAUCGUGCUGUUGGCGGUGAGCUUGUUAAUCCUGCUGCUGGGCUUUUCAAGGGUCUUGGUGAGACGAAGAAUGAUACGAUAGAGGAUGCUGGGGGUGUUGAUGGUGGUGAUGGCGGGUGUGGGUGUCAAUGGGUGAAUUGGAUAUCGAGCGUAUAG